CAGCCUAUACAGGCCUUUUCUUUUCACUGUUUGUACCCCCAGCCAUUCGGCCCCCGUUGCCGCCGCUCUUUUGUUCACACGAGGCAUCCACGCGGGGAUUCUGAAGCUGCCAUGAAUGCAGGCAGCUGCCCACAGAAAGUUGGUACCGGAGGGGGCAGAGGGGUAAGCGGGGAGCAAAACAGCGGCCCUGCUCCGCCAUGGUAAGAGGCGCAUACGAGAACAACGCAACCACAGCCCUUAAAGCCACGGCUCCAGCACGGCCCCGCUGACUACCGCAGCUCCGCUCCCCACGCGCACGCGCCGCCCGCCCCUUCCCUUCCGUUCCCUUCCUUCCGUUCGUUGCUGUGUGCACGGGGCGCAGUGCGAUGGAGGAGCGGCGGUACCGCUCGGCGUCGGGGGCGCCGCUGUGGCUGCGGUGCCGGCAGCACAGCGCUUCGUGCCGGGAGCUGGCCGUGCGCUGCCCCCGCCUGCAGCUCCGCUCGCUCAGCGCCGUCACCUCCGCCGUGUGGCUGGCGGCCUACGGGCUCUUCGUGCUCUGCCAGAAUAGUAUGGUGCUUUCUGCCGCCAUAUUCCUCACGCUGAUCGGCCUCAUCAUCUACCUGCACUUUGUGAAGAUUGACCAGGAAUCCCUGCUGGUCAUCGGCUCACUUGGCAUCCAGGUGACUUCAUCCUACGCUUCGGGGAAAGAGAGCACAACCUUCAUUGAGAUGAGCCAAGUGAAGGACGUGGUUAUCAAUGAAGCCAUCCACAUGAGUUCCCAACCACGUCUGGACUGCCUGAUAGAAGUGUACAAAAGUUGUCACGAAAUCCUGGAUCAGAGGAAAGCAGCUUCACAAUCAGAUGGAGUAAAAUAAUGUAACAAAUAAUCAAGAUGGAAAACUUGCAGCAGGACUUGGAGAGAUGCAUGGAAAAGCAGGCAAAUCUGACCCAUGGCUUUUUAAAAUUAAAUGCUUAGAAUGUGAUGCACUUGUAAGGAUGGCAAUAUAGGCAGCAGCCCGCACAGUGUCACAGAGCUGUUGCAGAAGAUGUCAGCUGAAGCACACAAGUGCACCUAGAAAUUGACUGUUAUGAAAACAGGUGAGCAAAACUUUGGAGAGUCAGACAGAAGAGGUUUUUCCACGCAUCUCUGGAAAAAAAGGAUGGCACGUGGAGACAAGAACAUGCAGCAAAUGUUUACACUUCCAUGGAUCCAGGAAUUCUGAUGAACACAAAUUGUAACCUUGGGCAGACAGAAAAAAAUACUUUGGGGUUUUUUUAAGUUUCUUUAUAAUCCUUUCUUGGAAAGAGUAUUAAAAUAGAAGGGUGGGCUGGCUCAGUAACUUUUCCUGAUCCAGAGGGGAAUUUCAGAUAAUGACAGAAAAUGAAAAUACGCCAUUGUUUUGAUUUAUAUUUAUGGAGUUAAACAUAGCAGAGCAUACUUUA